CGAAAUGAUUGGGUAGUGCACGUGGAGAGCUGAUGUUAUCGCUUUCUGUAGACACCUACGCCUACCUCUUAUCUGGGGAGUUUCUGGGAAAAUGUCUCUAGGUCGCAGCUCAUCCGCUCAGACGUCACUGCCUUAGCCCUAGGCACCAAACUAGACCAAGGUCUUUGCUGCAAGGAGGGAGGGAGGUAUAACAAAAUCGCACAAAGCUAUGGAAGUGGUUGUUGGCCGUGUUGCUGCAGAAGUUAGAUAUGCUGCAAGAAUUGGUGUAAAUAUGUUUAUGGAAUUACUACAUUUGACGCCCGAAGUCAUCGCACCGCGUGCUCUUGCUAGAGCCAGGGUGUUACUGGAAUUCUCCCGUGAUGAUAUAUUCGAUGCCGCAUUGUCAGCGGAAGACUUCAUGCAUGCUCUGGGUCAGUUUGAUGCUUGGCCUGUCAUGGUUGGGGAAGCUGACGAAGCAGCGUUUACAGCUAGACUCAACAGAGAUGUAGAAUACGCAGAAGACUACAUCUCCUCGUUUCAAGAAAAAGCUCAAAGAGCAAGAGAGCGCACUAGUGAGGCAAACGAGUUUGUAGAGACGAAUGUUCUGCCAGCCAGAAACCGCAUCCGGCUAUUCGAAGCGAUAAGAGAAUUCGUAGGUGAAGCUGCCUCUUUGGACGAAAAUUUCAUUGAUAACUUAGCUACAACGUCGAAUAGACUGUCGAGGGAUGCUGCUUCUCUGUUUGCAUACGCUAGAGAAUGGAGACGUCAGUUGGUUAGACUUAAGAUAUCGUUGUCUCGCGGUCAUAGAAAUCUUGUAAGCGUUAGAGAGGAAUUAGAAACGUUGAGGGAUGAAGUCAACGCUGCAGCUACUGAGGUCAUAAAUAUUCAACGAGACCUGAGGCAAUAUCUGCACCCAGAAAGGAACGAUAUUUGAACUAAUUCGUGUACGUUGCUGAGAGUCACGUUUUGACAUCUAAACUUGUUUAUGUCCACGUUGUAUUGACGAGUAUGCAUACUUUAGCACCUUUUGUUUCAACAAUUUGUAAAGGACUUGGUUACAGCUAAGACGUAUAUAAGACUAUAUUGGUUGAAAUACAAGUUGCAUA